GAUUAAAACUGAGUGCUAAUCGACCCGAGGCAGGUUAAUAAAUUAUUUAUGAAUUCGCUAUUAGAUUGAUCAUUGAUGUGCUUAUGCUUUUGAAUAGUUUUCCUAGUUUUCAGCAAAUCUCUCAAUAACUCAAAUCAAAUCAAAGGCAUAAGGCAAUAUUUGUUAUUUUCGUGAAGCUUUCUGGCAUGCUGCAGUGAUGAAAAAAAUUAAUUUAAUAGCUGCCGUUUGUGAAAACGGCGGGAUCGGCAUCAAAGGUGAUUUACCAUGGAAAUUAAAGAAGGAAUUAAAAUAUUUUUCAAGAGUGACUAAAAAGGUUAGCAAUCCUUCUAAACGUAACGCAAUAAUUAUGGGACGAAAGACAUAUUUUGGUGUUCCAGAAAAUAAACGUCCUUUGCCGGAGCGAUUAAAUAUUGUUCUGACUGGAGAUCCUAGCGCCAAUUCAUAUCCCAGUGAAGUCGUUGUUUGUUGUAGUAUGCAAGAAGCCUUGAAUAAGCUCGAUACGGCUCCUCUAUCCGAAGAAAUCGAAAAUAUUUGGGUUGUUGGAGGAUCCGCUGUUUACAAAGAGGCAAUGAAUUCUGCUAGAUGUCAUCGAAUUUAUUUAACGGAAAUCAAAAAAACGUUUGAGUGUGAUACCUUUUUCCCAGAGCUUUCGAAACAAUUUAAAAUAGUGGAGAAUGAUGAGGAUGUCCCUCGCGAGAUCCAAGAAGAAAACGGAUUGGAAUAUCAAUAUAAAAUUUACGAGAAGUGUUGAAAUAACUGCGAGCAUUUCUUUUGCUUUGAUACAUUCACAAUGUUAGAUUUUUUAUAUACAUUGAAUAAAUAUAGGUUG